AUGAGGCAAAAUCUCCAGAACAUAAGGAAGAGCCCCAGAGUAGCAGAUGAGAGCAUGGUGAUUGGAGGUGGGAACCUAGCAGAACUGCCAAUUUUUGCAGGACAUGGUCAUCAACAUCAAAUGGAUAGAAGAUCUUCAUCGCGGGUACGUUGGAUUAAGGGGUUUUCGGUGUUGUACAGUGUUGUGCUUGUGCCAUUUUCUGCUCUCUCUUGCUUUUCUCAACCUCAUGUUCAUGGUGCUGAUGGGGUCUGGGCAUCUGGUGAAUUUGCCCAGAUAACAGAGAUGAAUCACCUCAUGGUAAGUGACAGCAUGCGCUAUGCCAUCUUGAUGUGA